UGAGGAAAAAGGGUAGGUGAAGAUUGGAUUGCGAUAGAUACAGAUGAGAGAAAAAGAAGGAGUGAUCCAUGAUUGUGGGUAUUAUUAUUACACACACCAGAACGAGAAAGUUGAUCUAGUUCGAGGAAGCAUCCUCUCUGCGUAUCUGCUACUACUGUUCUAAGAAAAUGAGUUUAAUCAUUCAUCUACCAUGGUCAAAAAUAUCAAAAUACCAAUACCUCUUACGUCCCAUGUUAAUCUAACAAUUAAUAAUAACCUUCUUCUUCAACCCCUCCACUCACUCCUGUUUCAUUUCCAUAACCCCCAUGAGUUCCCUCAUCCACCUUUUUCUCUUUUUCUUCUUCUUCCUCUGUCUCUCUCACUCUUCUCUAUGUGACACGUGUCCCCUGAACUUCACCAUCCUGGGCAGAACCAAACCCACAUCCUUCGACACCUCCCGCUGCCAGGUCAUCAGCCAAGCCCUCCGCCUCGUCCAGUCCGACUACCUCCGCCGCAGCGGCUUCUUCCUCCCUCCCCUCAACGCCUCCGACACAUGCUGGACCCACUUCCAGUCCUACGUUAACAACUUCGACCAAACCUACAACAUCACCACCUCCUGCGGCUUCAAAACCUCCUGGAUCUCCCAAGGCUGCAACAACGUCACCACCAAACAAGACUUCGAAUCCUUAGUCCCUCAAUCCGCCCUACAAAACAUGCGCAACAACUGCAACCAGUCGCUCGAGAACAACUCCCCUUGCGCCCUCUGCACCACUUCGUUCUCCACUCUCCCGCCACUGGGAGACUCCGUCGGAAAUCUCACCGACUGCACCAAGUACGCUUCUAUCUACGCCGCCGCCUUCGCCAACCGCUUCGGCCCCUCCGACCCCGGCACCGCCAAGUGCUUGUUCUCCCUUCAAUUCUCCUCCAACAACAACAACAACUCCUCCUCCUCCUCCAAGAGAAAAAAGGUUGUUAUUGCUGUUGUUUCUGUUGUCGGUGUCUUGGUCGUGUUACUGCUUGUUCUCGGGGUUUGGGUUUAUUGCAAGCUGGAAGACAAGGUUGCGGGGGACAAGGACGUUCGUGUAGCGGAAAUCGGUCUGGUUUCUGGAUUGGAUUCCAUGGAGCAGAGCACUACUUUAAUCAGGUUUACUUUUGAUGAUAUUAAGAAAGCAACCAAGAAUUUCUCCAGAGAUAACAUAGUUGGAAGAGGUGGUUACGGGAAUGUGUACAAAGGCUUGCUUCCUGAUGGAAGCGAGGUUGCGUUUAAGAGGUUCAAGAAUUGUUCAGCUUCCGGUGAUGCAAGCUUCACUCACGAAGUUGAGGUUAUUGCUAGUGUCAGACAUGUUAACCUUGUUGCCUUAAGAGGCUAUUGUUCUGUUACUACUCGUUUGGAAGGUUACCAGAGGAUUAUUGUUUGCGAUAUGGUGAAAAACGGGAGUCUCCAUGACCAUUUGUUUGGUUCUAAUGGUGUGAAAUUAAGUUGGCCAAUUCGUCAGAAGAUUGCUCUAGGCACGGCUAGAGGGUUGGCUUAUUUGCAUUAUGGGGCUCAACCUGCAAUCAUUCAUAGAGAUAUUAAAGCAAGUAACAUACUUUUGGAUGAUAAGUUUGAAGCUAAAGUUGCGGAUUUUGGACUAGCCAAGUUUAACCCUGAGGGGAUGACACAUAUGAGCACAAGGGUGGCUGGAACAAUGGGGUAUGUUGCUCCUGAAUAUGCUUUGUAUGGACAAUUGACAGAGAGAAGCGAUGUGUUCAGUUUUGGGGUUGUGCUUCUUGAGCUUUUGAGUGGGAGGAAGGCUCUUCAGAUGAACAAUGAUGGUCAACCCUCUUCUUUGACUGAUUGGGCUUGGUCGUUGGUUAGAACGGGGAAGGCCUUGGAUGUUAUUGAAGAUGGCAUGCCACAAUCGGGUUCAGAACAUGUUCUUGAGAAGUAUGUGUUGAUUGCUGUGCUUUGUUCUCAUCCGCAGUUGUAUGCUAGGCCAACAAUGGAUCAGGUUGUUAAAAUGAUGGAGACUGAUGAAUCGGUUCCUUCAAUACCUGAAAGGCCAAUCCCUCUUGUUGCUGGAAGGCUUGAUAUUGAGAGAUCUGUGAGUAGUAGUGGCUCUGGUCAGCUCUCUAGUCCAACGGGUUAUCGAUCAUAUACUAUAGAAAGUGAUCGCCAAUCUUCUAAUUCUAGGGAUGAAAGAAGCUCAAGCUCUAGGAUUUUGAGUACAGAUUGAGAUUGAGUGUCAGGAAAGUAAUUUGUUUGUACAUUUAGUUUAUAGAAUGCUGUUUUUUUCUUGUAGUGUUUUCCGUUACUAAAUCCAAAUUGGAUGUACAAAUUUUGAUUCUUGCUAGAGUUUAUAUGAUGGCAAGCAAGAGAGUAUGAUCAAGUUUUGCUGAAUUAAGUGUCACAGUACUGUUGUAUCAGAAGCAAUUUUCCAAUUCAUUUUAAGAAUCUUCUUUUGCAAGAAGUGAUGCUAUUUUUAGCUCUGAGCUCCAUUGGCCCUUAUAUCUC